AUGGGAAUUCGGCUACUGAAGCACUUGGGGGUUCCUUGUUUUGAUCCAGGUUCCCCUAAAAGCCCCGAACCAGGAGCCGUUGACCGGGUUUGCUUUGUUGACCUGCGCAAAAGCGGGCGAGGAGAAAUCCGGAGGAAAAGGAAGGAUCCUUGGUGGAGCAAAAAGCCAGUUUUCAACCAGAACCGCAGUGGGCAACGCCUCAACAUGAGGCGGGCGGGCAUUAGGAAUGCCUGGAUGGCCUUUUGCUUGAUUGCUGCUGCGGUUGUGGCGAACGGGGAUCUUACAAAGGAGUGUGAACGAGUGCGUAUCAUACACGUCGUUGAUCUGCCCGGCUGCUUGAAGAAGCCGGUUCCAUCUGUAAUUUGCCAAGGGCAUUGUUCUUCGUUUGUUCAGGUCUCCGGUAAGCAGCCAUGGAAAAUUGAGCGUUCCUGUCGAUGCUGCCAAGAAGACGGAAAUUUAGAAUCCAAAGUCCCCUUGAUUUGUCCACAUCAUGCUAUCAAAGUGCAACACGUUAAAGCGAAAGCGGCGAAGUCUUGCAUGUGCAGAACGUGUACAGAAGUGGAAGGGAAGGUAGUAGCAGGAGAAAUGAGUCUGGCACCGACUGAUGAUUCUACCUUCUUUUCGGCGCUGACUUCAAAGUAAAGCAUAUGCAUAUUUAAAACCGUGACGAUUGAUUCAUUCCGACUGUUGAUAGUGCGUAUGUUCCUUGCCUCGCUCAAAUACAAUAUCGAAUAAGCAAACGAA